CUCCCAUAUGGCUGCGACACCGCUCGACCAUCUUUGUUGUUUUGGGUAGCGUCUGUUUGUUUGGUGGAUCGAGUGUCGGUUGUCGGAAAUGGCCAUAAAUCCGCGUAAGGAUGGCGGUCCCAACGCCAAGUACUACGAGUCGACGGAGACGGUGUCGCAAUUCGAAAACGUGAAGACAUGGCUGAUGAAGAACGCGAAAAAGUAUGUGGCAGCAGAUCCCCCAAAUAACAAAGGCCUGGCUCAACUUGUGGUCCAGCUGUUACAGUUUAUGGAAGAUAACUUUGGUCCUAAAGUCACCAAGGCUCCCAUGACGAAAUUACCUAUGAAGUGCUUCCUAGACUUUAAACCAGGUGGUGGCUUGUGUCAUAUACUUAGCACUGUAUACAAAUUCAAGAGUGACCAGGGAUGGCGCAGGUUUGAUUUUCAGUCUCCAUCCCGCAAAGACACCAACAUUGAGCUCUUCAAAGAAAUUGAGAAAUCGUUGCUCUCCAACAAAUGCUGGGCAAAGCCAUCCGUAUUCAUCCAUGGGGAAGUGGAUAAGGAGUUACGUAAUGAGCUGAAGGACAUUGUGAAACGACAUGAUGGAAAAAUUGUUGAGGAGGAAGAAGAGGCAUCGCAUGUCGUUUUUGAUGAACAAGACCCUCUUGAUGAUGAAUUUGCUAGAGCAGUUAUGAGGCGAGAUAGACAGAUACUCUUUCAUUUCUAUUACAUGCCAGAUUCUUAUGAUUCUUGGGCUUCAGGAGUUGAGUUAGAUUAUGAUCCUCCAGAAUCUCCACAGUUCUUUGAUGGCCAGUGGAAGGUUUGUGCAAACUGGUUACAAGAUUUGGAAUCUUACAAUGAAUGGAUGAACGAGGAAGACUAUGAGGUUGAUGAUAAUGGAACGAAAAAGAAGCACCGUGGGUGUCUGAGUGUGGAUGACACAAUGGGCUUGAGCGAUCCAGAUAAAAAGAAAAAGGCAAAGAAGAGACCAAGAUCACCGCCAUCUCCUCGUACAAAGAGAAAGGGGGCUCGUGGUGCUGCUACCCCUGGUAAACCUGUCAAGAAGAUAAAAACCGAUGAAGAGGAAGAAGAUUUAACGAGGGACAUGGAAGACCCAGUUGCAGAACCAACAGUCACUGAGGUGACAACAAGCUCCAAGAUUCAGCCCAGCAAAGCUGGCACAUACAUGGAUCUCGACGAAGAAAGUGCCGAGAAGACGGAAAAACCAGAGGGACAGAUGCAUGUUUUCAACUUGCAGCCAACUCCGGACGGGGAGGACACCGCAACAGAUCAGACUCACCAUAUCAUUGUCCCGAGUUACGCUGCCUGGUUUGACUACAAUGCUAUACAUGCCAUUGAGAAGAGAGGGUUACCAGAGUUUUUCAAUGGAAAGAACAAGUCUAAAACGCCUGAAAUUUAUCUCGCUUACAGAAAUUUCAUGAUUGACACUUACAGAUUGAAUCCAACAGAGUACCUGACAUCCACUGCCUGCAGGCGUAACCUGGCAGGUGAUGUGUGUGCUGUCAUGCGUGUACAUGCAUUCCUUGAGCAGUGGGGAUUAAUAAACUACCAGGUUGAUGCAGAUGCCAGACCAACUCCUAUGGGCCCACCACCUACAUCCCACUUCCACGUUUUGGCUGAUACUCCGGCAGGGCUGCAGUCAAUCAAUCCUCCUAAGGUAAACCAGCCUUCUGCAGCUAAACAGCUUAUGGACUUUGAUAAGAAACCAGUAGAUAAGAAACCAGAAAUUAACAUAGGAACUGAAUUUGGUCUCAAGUUAGAUCAGUAUUCAAAGAAGACCGGGGCACUGAAAAAUAAGUCAGCAGCAAGUCAGGCACGAGAAUGGACUGAACAAGAAAUUCUGCUUUUGCUAGAAGCUCUUGAGAUGUACAAAGAUGACUGGAAUAAGGUUUGCGAACAUGUGGGCACAAGGACACAAGAUGAAUGCAUUCUGCAGUUCCUGAGACUGCCCAUAGAGGAUCCUUACUUAGAAGAUCCAGAGGUUGGUAAUGGUCCAACUGCAUCUGCACUAGGUCCUCUUGCUUAUCAACCUAUUCCAUUUAGUAAAUCCGGUAAUCCUAUAAUGUCUACAGUUGCCUUCCUAGCCUCAGUGGUAGAUCCUCGCAUUGCUGCAUCUGCCGCCAAAGCUGCUAUGGAUGAAUUCUGUCGCAUUAAGGAUGAAGUUCCGGCGGCAUUGCUCGAUUCCCACAUCAAAAAUGUUGCUGACCACGCUGCAUCCAAUGAAGGAAAGGUUGAUCCGACUGCUGGGUUGGCAAAAUCGGGAAUUGCUGGAACUGAGCCUGAAGGAGAGGAAAAGAAAGAAAGUGAGGGAGAAGCCGAAAAGAAAGAAACAGAGCCCAAGAAGGAUGCAGAAAAGAAAGAAGAAGAAAAGAAGGAAGAAAAGGAACCAGAAAAGAAAGAAGAGCCCAUGGAGGUGGACAAAUCAUCUGAGGAAAAGACGGAAGAGAAGAAAGAGGGAACAGAGGAUGAGGAAAAGAAAGAAGAGAAAGAAACAAAGGAGGAUAAGAAGGAAGAGAAUACAGAGGAAAAGAAAUUGGAUGCAGAAAGGGAAAGGCUUCGCAAGGAUGCGUCAGUGCAGCAAGCAGCUAGUGCUGCCCUUGGCUCAGCGGCUGUCAAAGCCAAGCAUUUGGCUGCCGUAGAGGAACGUAAGAUCAAGUCGCUGGUUGCUCUCCUGGUCGAAACACAGAUGAAGAAAUUAGAAAUCAAGCUACGUCACUUUGAGGAACUUGAAACUAUCAUGGACAGAGAGCGAGAGAGUUUGGAGCUUCAGCGACAGCAGUUAUUGCAAGAACGUCAACAGUUCCAUCUCGAGCAACUGAAAGCAGCCGAAAUGAGAGCUCGUCAACAUGCAUUACAUCAGCUAACUCAGGGUGCGAGUCCAGCACAUUCUCCAGCGCCGUCUUUGACACAAGUUCACAAUUAGGAUUAAGGGUAGUUUUUAAGAUGCUUCUUAUUCUAGUAAAUUUGUAUAUUCACCUUGAUUUCCUCUGUGGCCUAGAUUUGUUUACAGUGCAUUUUGUCAAAGUAAACCAAAGCUAGAGGAAUUAUCUCGAGAAAUGAAGCUUAAGCCUUUAAGCAUUUUAUUUCACUAUAAAUUGUAGGUGUAGAUAUUUUUUUAUGUUAAUAGUACAGUACAGAUUGCCAUUUACUUGGCCAAAGUAAUUACCUUUACAGAUUAUAAGCAUAUCAGAUGCAUUUCAUUUAGAUCUGGAACCAUCAUUGCAAUAUUAGUUUUUGGUAUCGAGAGUGACAGGUACACCAGAAUACAAGAGUAUGGAAAGUUCUCAUCUCAUUCUUUGCGAGUUAUUUUUUUUUUAUAUUUAUAACAGAGUACUGAGAGGUUGAAUGUAAAGCUUGUGGUUGUUGCCAUAUCUCUUUAUUGUAAGAAAGUAAUUAUAUUCCCUCACCCUGUUGAAAAUUUGGGGAUGGCUGGAGUGGUUGGAAGAAAAUAUUAAUUAGGAAUGGUAGGUUUUACAGUUGGGUAAUCGUACUAUUUAAAAUCUUUUAUGCUUUUGUUUCUUGGUUUGGAAAUAAAUGUAUUUGCAUAUUUCUUCUGAUGAGAGCUCUUCAUGUUAUUCGUUAUUCCAAGAAAGGGAGGUUUUAUUAAUGAUACGAGCCAUCAAUGUAAAGUUAUCAUUCAUGAAAAAUAUUUCCAGGGUUUGUAUAUAGCUGAUUGUACAACUAUGAUCUCGUAACAAGAUUAAUACAGCAUGAGUAUUCACGCACACAUUCUAGUAGUAUAGGGCCAGAACUCCUAAAAAAGAAGUUUUUUCAGUAUUGGUUGGGAGUUUUAUGUAAGGGGGGGUAAAUUUUAUAAUGCUGAAGUGGUUUAUGUGUUGUCAUGUAAUAUUGAUGUACUGAUAUGUACCUGCCAGUUCUUGCUAGAACAAACUAUUGGAUGUUACUGCCAAUAAUAAUUUUAUUUUCAUUGUGAAGUUCAUCUGUUGUUUAUUUAACUCACUGUUCAUUACUGUUGUAGCAUCCAGUGGCAACUGCCAUUUUUCAUACUUCAUAUGUUCUGAGUCAUACUUUUUAGUAUUAAAUGAUAAGUUUCCCA